GCCCCUUACGGCCCCGUCGCCGCCACGUGCGGCCCCGUCGCCGCCACCAGCGGCCCCGUCGCCACCACCUGCGGCCCCGUCGCCGCCACCUGCGGCCACGCAACCGCCACGUGCGGCCUCGCCGCCACCUACGGCCCCGUCACCGUCACCUGCGGCCCCGUCGCUCUCCCCUAG